AUGGCCGCCGCCACGCCAGCUUCUAGUGCGGGUGCCAGUUCGGGUCCCCCAACUGCCCUUAAAGGCUCCUUGAAUCCUCUUUCAUCCAAGGUCACCUCGGUGCUGUCAACUUCGUACGCGGACUCCGAGUUCCGAGACGCGCUCGCGCUCCUGGACAGCCGCGGCCUACAGAACUCGGCUGAGACCCGGCGACGCCUCCGGCUUGACCUCCAGAAAGAGGUCAUCGACAGCAAUGGCCAGAUCAUCAACGAGUUUGGCCGAGUUGCAGACCAACUACGGCGCAUAGGCAACACAAUAGAAAAACUGAAUAAGGGGUAUUCAGAAAUGAAAAGCCAGAUCACGGCGGCUCACGAUGCCACAUCGCCAGUGUUACAGGAGGCUUCGUCGCUCAUGGCCGAAAAGCACCAGGUGGAGACGAAACAACGUCUCCUCAGGUCCUUCCAGAGCCACUUCCUGCUCUCCGAGGACGAGGUUGCUGUUCUGACGCUUUCUGCCGAACCGGUCGAUGAUCGCUUCUUUAAUGUGCUUUCCAAGGCGCGUCGAAUCAGCAAGGACUGUGAGAUUCUACUCGGAUUUGAAAACCAAACGCUGGGACUCCAGAUCACGGAGCAGACCUCCAAAAAUCUGGACCUGGCAUUCCAGAAACUGUACAGGUGGAUUCAACGCGAAUUCAAGACGCUGAACCUAGAAAGCCCCCAGAUCGGCUCUUCGAUACGCCGGGCGCUACGGGUGCUCGCUGAGCGCCCGACCCUCUUCCAGAACUGCCUUGACUUCUUCGCCGAGGCGCGCGAGCACGUUCUAUCGGAUGCCUUCUUCACGGCCCUCACUGGAAACAGGAGCGGCGGCGGCGUAGACCACUCUGUCAAGCCCAUAGAGCUGACUGCACACGACCCCUUGCGCUACGUUAGCGACAUGCUCGCCUGGACCCACUCUGCUACCGUCAGCGAGCGGGAGGCGCUCGAGGUCCUUUUUGUCUCGGAUGGCGACGAGAUCGCACGGGGAAUCCAGUCCGGCCGCGACACCGAGGUAUGGCGCCUCGUGGAUGAGGAUGGCGCGGAGGCGCCCGAGUUUGACCCGGUCAAAGCGCUCAAUGAGCUUGUCGACCGUGACGUCUCGGGCGCUGCUCGCCUCCUUAGGCAGCGGGUGGAGCAUGUCAUUCAAGCCAGCGAGGACACCAUUUUGGCAUACAAGCUUGUCAAUCUACUCAACUUCUAUCGCACCACCUUCACCAAGCUCCUCGGCCAGGAGUCGGUGCUUGUUGAAUCUCUGCGCAAUCUCGAGCUGGAGGCUCUCCGACAAUUCAGGUCGCUGAUGCGUGACCACAUCGCGACACUGCAGGGCGACUUUCAGCACGUGCCCACUGACCUCGCGCCUCCCGACUUUCUGCAGUCAUCGCUGCAGCAGCUAAAUGCCAUCAUGAAGACAUACGACACGUCCUUGACGGCCUCGGCAGACCGCGAAGCCGACUUCCAACCUAUUUUGGCCGAAGCUCUCGACCCCUUUGUUACCGGAUGCAGGGGCCUCGCAAAGGGAAUGGUGGCGCCUGCCAACGCCGUGUUUCUCAUCAACUGCCUGCUGACCACCAAGAGCGCGCUGGCUCCGUUUGACUUCACGCGCGGGCGGGUGGAGCAGCUACAGUCGGAGGUUUCAGAGGAAAGCAUUCGGCUGACGGAGUGGCAGUACCGGUUCUUGCGGGAUGAGUCUGGGCUCGAUGCGGUGUUUGAAGCACUGCGGCCUCUGAGCAACCAGCCCGAGGAUGUUAAAAAGAUCAAGUCACUGGAGCUGCUCUCACCAUCGGCUCUGCUGCAGGCCAGUCAGGUCCUGGACGACUUCCUGCCGUCGGCCCUAUUGGACGCGCUCGAGAAUAUCAAGCGCCUCCGAGAUUCGGGGCUUGCGCGCAGAAUCACCGAGGAUGCCGCCGAGCGAUUCUGCGUCGAUUUUGAGCACGUCGAGGAUAUGCUCAUCUGGGCCGACGAGCUGGCGGAGCAGGAGCGCUUGGCCGAAGGUCGUGCAGGGGACGAAGAUGACGAUGACAAUGAUGGCGUGCAGAAUCUUCGUUCCGUGUUCCCGCGGACGACGGGAGAGAUCCGGGUGCUACUGUCGUAA